CCUUUGUCGCAAGUUCAUCGUGAAAAAAAAAAAGAAAGAUGAAAACCUACGAAGCUUGUUGUUGUUGUUGUUGUUGUUGUUGUUCUCAUCACAGGGUCCUUCACGGACACCAUAACACAAUCUUGUCCCAAAAAGGAACAAUUACAAACCCACAAAUUUUUUCCAUAAUCUGAAAAUGGGUCGUCGUCAAAACGACUCAGAUUUCGGUAAAUCAACCCUUUUCAUUCUCUUCUUAAUAGGUACAAUCUCCUGUUCCGCGGUGUACCUUUUCCUUACUGUGGUCUUUGGUUCAAUCCAUGAAUCCAUGCCAUCCAUGCAGGAUGUGACAUUGGUUGAAAAUUUUGAUUUUGAUGAUUUGUUGAGUGAAGAAGAAGGAAAAUGUUGUAAAGGGGUUGAACAUUUGGAACUUUGGGGUGAAGCUGUAAAAUGGGGUGAUAAAUUUAAGGUUAAUUCUUCUGAGGAUUGUUGUAUGGCUUGUAAGAAUAUGUGUGGUGGUAGUGGUGGUGGACGUUGUUUGUGUAAUUCUUGGGUUUGGUGUGGUGAUAGAGAUGCUUGUGGACCUAGAUUUGGCGAGUGUUGGUUAAAACGACAAAAAGAUGCUUUAAACCCUGAACGAGUAGACCCAGGAAAUGAAAAUAUGUGGACUUCUGGAUUUGUCUUUGAUAAGGGCGAGGGGGUUGUUGGUUUGGAAACUGACUAUGGAAUUCUUCGAAUAAAACUUUUGCCAGACUGUGCUCCACAUUCUGUUGCCUACAUUCUUGAACUGUUGGCGUUGCCUCAUUGUAUUGGUUGCCAGAUUUAUCGUGCUGAAAGUCGGGGAAGUUUUUGGGAUGCUCAGGGAAACCAUAUAAAAAAGGCUAAAUUUGGACCUCCUUUUGCUCUAAUUCAAGGAACAUUGGAAUCCCAUGAAUUUAUGUUCAAAGAUAUUCCAAAAGAACAUUGUCCUGCCAUAAAACGAGGGUCUGUGGCAUGGGUUGGUUCUGGUCCAGAGUUCUUCAUCAGUCUUGCUAAUCACAAGGAAUGGAGAGAUCAAUAUACUGUGUUUGGCUAUGUUCUAUCUAAAGAUAUGGAAAUUUUAGAGAAAAUUUCUCAGCUUCCAACUAAAUCAGAUGUUUGGAGUAACAUUGCUGUCUCUAUCUUGGAAAACCCAGUUAUUUUACGGUUUCGAAGAAUACACACAUGAGCCAUGAGGCGCAUAAUCUGUUAGAUUGUUCAUUGUUCCAUUCAUUCUCUCAUAAAUUUCUUUUCCCUUUAUUAAGUGAUCACGGUUUAUCUAUCAAUCAAGGCGAUACAUGAAGGGAUCUCGUCUCAAGUUCCUUCUCUACAUGCUCGAAUGCAUAAAAAGGGAUUCAAAUAAUUUAGGUAUUCUGACGCCAAAAUUAUAGCUGAUUCAGAUUGCAAAACAAUUAGAGUUAGGUAUGCUGCUUCAACUAGUUUUUGAUAGGUAUGUGACUUUGAGGAAUUUUCGUGAUUUGUUUUUCUUUCUUUUCCUUUGAAGAAACUAAUAUAGAUGUAAAAGAAAAAGAAUGCAUAGAGAAAAUGAAAAUAGGCUCUAAAGACACCAGAAGCAUUAGUAGAUUUUUUUUA